AUGAACAGUUUUCUCCUUGUUUUGGAUGCCAAUUUGAGUUUUAGAAUCAGUUCAAUUGGUAAACCAGUGAAAGUAUCUGGCGUAAUCACUGAUCAACCAAAACCCUUGGUAGUUGUUGGGCAAACAAACAAGAAUUCUUGGGGUAAAGUUGAAAGAAACUGGAAAAUUUUACAAGGAUUUGAAACUGAAAAACAAAGUGAAGUUCUGGUUUUGGGGACCUUUAUAUUAGUCAUCAUCUAUUUCGCGCUUGGCACAAUAACAUCAGCACAAGGAUGUUGGGAGAACUCGAGGAAACCUGUCAACGAAAACAAUGGAAGAAAUUGUUCGGUAGGAACGAAUAUUGCAGAGAGUAGUAAAUCCAAAACAACCAUAAGUUUUUGGGCAAACAAAGUCAGAGCUACGGUCAAAGUGCAGAGUUACCAUGAGCAGGACGCCGUCAAGGAAAUUGCUGGAUUUUGGGGAUAUCUGAUGCAAACAGUCUAUCAGACUUGUGCAGGAGCUGUGGUCCUCACAGAUAUCGUCUUUUGGUUUCUUAUAGUCCCAUUUCUCUCCAUUGAAAGGGUCAAAUUGAACUUGUUAAUGGGAUGUAUGCAUUCUCUUAACGCUGUGUUUCUUCUCAUUGACGCCGCACUCAACAGCCUUCCCUUUCCGUGGUUUCGCCUUGCAUAUUUCAUACUAUUCAGUUCUACAUAUGUCAUUUUCCAAUGGGUUAUUCACGCAUGUGGUGUUUCAUGGUGGCCUUACCCAUUGCUAGAUCUAUCAAUUCCAUGGGCACCUCUAUGGUACUUCUUAUAGGCCCUAAUUCACAUCCCUUGCUACGGAUUGUAUUCUCUGAUUGUAAAACUGAUGAACGGAGCAUUCUCGAAGUGGUUCCCUCGUGCAUUUGUGAGCAUAAAAUAGUGACUUCCUUGCAGUAUAUGGCUUGAUCAACUAUUGCAUGUACAUAGAACGAGAGUUCUUAGUAUUACUACACCUCACCAAUUUAUGAGAUGAGAUGAAAUGAUAUCAGAUGCUAAUACACAAACAAUCAUUUAUUUUUCUUAUUAUCAUUGUGUGUACUUGCUAUGAGUGUGACUCCAAUAUGGC